AUGGAACCGGGUGAUGAUACAAGCCCACCGGGUUUGAGUGCGGCGAGCGCCGACGUUGGCAUGGACCUUGAUAUUCUUCGUGGGUUGCCCGCGGCCCAACCGGAGCUGAUACAGCGAUCGGGCAAUCAGGCUUUGAGUGACAGGCCUGACGAGAUCGAGGACAAGCUUACGGCGCAGAGGGUGGUCAUCCAACAGUUCACGGAUCGCUGCUGCAUGCUUCAAGACAGGCUGCAGCACCUGGAGGACGCACACAAUGGUGCAGGUAGUGCACCUACUAUGGUUGUGGAUGAGGACCAGAAGGGCAAAACGAGAAGAGGUAGAGGUAGAAGACGCACUGUAGUGGCAGUUCCCUGCAAUGAGGUGAGUUCAACACUGCAGCCUCCUGUGAAGACGCAUAUUGCUGCUGAUGAGGAGGGAGACACAGCUCAGGUUGGGAUAGGAGCGGAUGGUAGAGACACUGACUUGGAACCCGAUGAAAGGGAUCGGUCUUGGAGGACCACAGAGCCUGCAGACAUGGUUGAUGCAUGCCCGAGCUCCUUUGAAGGGAUUGGUUCGUGGAAAGACACCAGCUGGUAUGCACCUGGCAAAGCAAGAAAGAGGGGGGUUACCAGGGCUCGUGGAACACAGGUCCAAGGCGGGGGCGUGGAUGAGGCGGGGGCAUGGAUGGCACAACUGCAGCAGGCCCGGGACCUCAAGCAAAGAGGUAUGGCUUUAUGCCGACUGUGGCUGCAGAUGGUGCAAUCUGACUGGGCCAAGGGUUACCGUGAACGUCGCUUUAGAGGGGAGAAGCUGCCGACCCAUCUGCCUGAGGAUCUCAGUCGGCGGUUGGACCUCGCGCACGAGGAGUUGGCCAGGGAGCGUCUUCGGUCGGAGGAGCUGACGGCUGAGCUCUCAAAGGCUCGGCAGGUGGCUGACGAUGAGGUGCAGUCACUGCGCCGGCAGCUGCUAAGCCGCGAGAAAGAGCUUUUCGAGGCGGCUGCUGCACGCCAGCGGUCGGCGAGCCAAACGGAGGCUUUGGCAGAGGCCCUUCGUGGGAAACUCUUAGAGCUCGAAGCUCGGCUCGCAACGCCUUCUCAGCCAUCCACACCGCUCUACGGAGGGAGAGACCUCCUCGAUGGAUGGCGGUCCUCCGCUAAGCGGCUGGAAGAUUUCGGUGUGGUUCGUGAGGAGGUUCCACGGCAUCGCUGGUCCGAACACGCGCCGAAUGGAUACCCAAGAUCGGGUCUCGGCUUCCUUGAGGGCCGGGGCAGCGCCACGAGCGCGAGGGCUGAGGAUCUCGAGGCGAAGGCGCCCCUGGGUAUGCAGGGUCUCAGCCUUUCUGCGCCGAUCGCCGCCCUCGACGAGGAGGACUGGCCGCCCAAUCCCUACAGGUGGCCAGACCAAGCAGGACGCGAGGAGCGCCCUUUGGAGGCCGGUGAGGAACCUGCCAGGGACCAAUGCGACCCAGGAUCCGAAGCCGCCCCCGCAACUGCGAGUGAAGAGGGGUCUCUGGACCCUUCCGCACAGCUCGCACCAGAGGAUCCAAGUCGAGUGGACGGACACGCGGCACCGGCGCAGAGCCACUACCGGACGAAGAGAACGCUAGAGACAGGUCUUGCUCCUCCCUCAAUCAUUCCUUGA